AUGCGCUACUCAUUCAUUGCCCUUGCCUUUGCCGCAACCACUCUGGCACUUCCUACGCCCACACCUGCUCCCAAGCCCAACGACGAUGGCAGCUGGGCUCCUGGGAAGUUUGAAGGCGGAGAAACUGGCCAUGACAACGGCCAGUGGUAUCCCGGAAAAUACCCCGGAAAGCGCAACGACGAUGGCUCUUGGGCCCCCGGCAAGUACGAAGGGGGCCAGACUGGCCACGACGACGGUCAAUGGAACCCAGAAAAAUAUCCCUCCAAGAGGAACGAUGAUGGGUCCUGGGCCCCUGGGAAAUACGAAGGAGGCCAGACGGGCCACGACGAUGGCCAGUGGAAUCCCGAUAAAUACCCAAAGCGCAACGAUGACGGAUCUUGGGCUCCGGGAAAGUAUGAGGGAGGCCAAACUGGCCAUGAUGACGGCCAGUGGAAUCCCGAUAAGUACCCAAAGCGCAAUGACGAUGGCUCCUGGGCUCCUGGAAAGUACGAAGGUGGACAGACGGGCCACGACGAUGGCCAGUGGAAUCCCGAUAAAUAUCCUAAGCGCAAUGAUGAUGGCUCUUGGGCUCCUGGAAAAUACGAGGGAGGUGAAACUGGCCAUGAUGACGGCAAGUGGAAUCCAGAAAAGUAUCCUAAGCGCAAUGACGAUGGAUCUUGGGCCCCGGGAAAGUAUGAGGGCGGAGAUACCUGCUUUGACGAUGGAAAGUGGAAGCCAGAGCAGCAGAACAAUUAA